AUGUGGUCUUUAGGAUGCAUUGCAGUAGAACUAUUUCUCGGAUUGCCUCUAUUCCCAGGGAGCUCAGAAUAUAAUCAAGUCUCUCGGAUCGUUGAAAUGUUAGGCGUUCCACCACCAUAUAUGAUCGAAGUAGGUAAAACAGCUCACGAAUAUUUCGAACGGUACAUAAAUGAGCAUGGUCAAAAGAAAUAUCGUUUGAAAACGAUGGAGCAGUAUAUGAGGGACAAUAAUUGUGUGGAACAGCCUUCCAAGAAAUAUUUCUCAGCUACAACUUUGCCUGAAAUUAUAAAGUCUUAUCCGGUGAUGAGGAAAGGUGUAACUCAGAAAGAUAUUGAUAAAGAAAUGCAAAAUCGACUAGCCUUUAUUGAUUUUGUGCAAGGAUUAUUGAAUCUCAAUCCCAUUGAACGGUGGUCACCGCAGCAAGCUAAAUUACAUCCAUUCAUAACGGGUGAGAAGUUCACCGGUAAAUUUACGCCGCCAAUGCAACUUAAAUCAUCCAAUAAAUCUAGCACUACAUCCGCACAAUCGGUCCCUUCGUCUACAAAUUCACAAUCAUCAUUACAUUUGACACC